AUGGAAAGUGAUUAUGGUAAUAAAAGCUGGAUAGGACUUCCACGAUACCACGAAGAAUAUGAAAAGGGGAUAAAAGCUUUUGUUGAGAAGGCAUUUGCCCUUUUUUCUGUUGGUGAUGAAUUAAAGUGCCCCUGCAAAGAUUGUGAUGAUCGUAAGUGGCAUCGUGCAGAUGUAAUUUAUGAUCAUCUAAUUUGCAGGGGACCUUCUAUGUCGCAUGUCCAGUGGAUUUAUAGGAUUUCAGGAGCCAAAAUAAGAGAUACGACAGAUUUUAAGGACUGUGAAGCGGGGGCUGCCUUCGGGGAUAAUUUACAAGAUAUGUUCGAUUGUACAGGUAGGAGGUUUCAGAAUGUAGAAGUAGGACCAAAUGCGGAGGCUAAAAAUUUUUAUCGCCUUGUCGAGGAGGGAAAAAACCCGCUAUAUCCGGGCUGCACAAAUUUUUCUAUGCUAAGUUUUAUCAUCCGUCUUUACCAUUUGAAGUGUGUCCAUGGUAUAACCGAGUCGGGCUUCAGUGAUUUAUUAAUUCUGAUUAAAGAAGCCUUUCCUGAAGCCAAUGUGCCUAUAUCUUUCACUGCUGCUAAAAAUAUAAUCAAGGACUUAGGUCUUGAUUAUCAUAAAAUACAUGCCUGCCCUAACAGUUGCAUGCUGUAUUGGGGCAAUAAUAAGGAUAAAAUAGUUUGUGAUAAUUGUGGGGUUUCGAGGUGGGUUAUACAAGAAAAGAAAGGGUCUGCUGUUAAUGAUGAUUCAGAGAGAAUUAUUAGCAAAGUACCUGCAAACGUCAUGAGAUACUUUCCCCUUAAACCUAGGUUGCAAAGAAUUUUCAUGUGCAAAGAGUUUUCUAAACUCAUGACUUGGCAUGCAACGGGACGGGUAGAAGAUGGUAAGCUUAGGCAUCCGGCUGAUGCCUUAGCUUGGAAGAUGAUGGAUGCUAACUAUCCUGAAUUUUCUUCGGAAAUUCGAAAUGUAAGACUAGGUGUAGCUGCUGAUGGAUUCUCUCCGUAUCGUACGAUGAGUGUUUCUCAUAGUACAUGGCCUAUAGUACUAGUAAACUACAACCUCCCACCUUGGAUUUGCAUGAAACAAGAAAAUUUAAUUCUUUCGACGUUGAUAUCGGGUCCAAAUUCCCCUUCAAAUAGUAUCGACGUAUAUAUGCAACCAUUAAUCGCUGAGUUGAAUGAGUUGUGGGAUAUUGGCAUCCAAACCUAUGAUGCCAUGACUGAUCAGAACUUCAAUUUACGGGCAGGGGUACUCUGGACCAUUAGCGACUUUCCGGGCUAUGCUAUGUUGUCCGGUUGGAGCACAAAAGGCAAGUUAGCAUGCCCGGUGUGCCAUUACGAAACCUGCUCAGAAUAUUUGAAACACAGCCGUAAGAUGUGCUAUAUGAGUCAUCGUAGGUUUCUUGAUCCUUCCCACAAAUGGAGGUUUGACAAGAAAAAUUUUAAUGGGGCAAUUGAGACGAGGCAGAGUGCAGAACCGUUGACGGGAACAGAGGUUGAACAGCUGCUGUUUGGGUUUAAAAAUCAGUUUGGAGAAAAUAAAAAAAGAAAGCGUGAAAGUGGCAUCCCUUUUAAAAAGAGGUCUAUUUUUUUCGAUUUACCUUAUUGGAAGCAUAAUCCAUUAAGACACAACCUCGAUGUCAUGCACAUCGAAAAAAACAUUUGCGAUAGUAUAUUAGGUACCUUGCUUAAUAUUAGUGGGAAGUCAAAAGAUCAUUUGGCAGCUCGAUUUGAUUUACAAGAAAUGGGAAUACGGAAGUCCCUUCAUCCGAUGGAAUCUGCUGAUGGGAAAUCUUAUGAAAUUAAUGCAGCCUUAUUUGACAUGUCAAACAAGGAGAAAGACAUAUUUUGCAAGGUAUUAAAGAAUGCAAAAUUACCUUACGGCUGUGCCUCUAAUAUUAGUCGUUAUGUGCACACAAACGAGAGGAAGAUAUUGGGGUAUAAGAGCCAUGAUGCGCAUUUUAUACUUCAUUACUUGUUGCAAUUUGCUGUGAAGAAAUCAGUCAAAGCUGAUGUUGCGAAGCCGCUGAUAAAAUUCAGUGCAUUUCUUCGAGGUUUGUGGAGUAAGGCCAUUCACUUGGAUGAUAUUCAGAGGCUGCAAGACGAAAUUGUCAACAUCUUAUGUGAAUUUGAGAUAAUUUUCCCACCUGCUUUUUUUGAUGUCAUGGUGCACCUCCCCGUUCAUUUGUGUAGAGAGAUUGAAUACGGUGGACCCGAGCACCUUCGCUGCAUGUAUCCUAUUGAGCGAUAUCUUUGUAAAUUGAAAAACUAUGUCCGUAAUAGGUCUAGACCCGAAGGUUCAAUUGCAGAAGGCUAUUUGGCAGAGGAGUGCGUUACAUUCUGUUCAAGAUUUUUGGGUGGUGAACCAUUAACUGAUUUUUCAAAAUGUCCAACAAAUGCGGAAUAUCAUAUUGGCGGCAGAAAGAAUAAAGAUGGCAAAGUUAUUCAGCUAGCAGAUUCAGUUUGGAAAGCUUGUCAUACUUACAUUCUUUUCAAUUGCGGUAAUAAGGAAAUUGAGACAUUGAUCGAGGAUCACCGCGCGUUAGUGGAAGCUCAUUCAAAAUCAAAAAAAUACAAGAAAGAGCAAGCACACUCUGAAGAUUUCUGGAAGUGGUUAACAGAGGUGGUGGGAAAAAGGGUGGAAGUUUCAUCUGAUUUACGUGUCCUUGCUUUGGGUCCUAAUCGAAUGGCCAGGAGGUACAGUGGCUACGUGGUAAAUGGAUAUCGUUUUCACACGAAGAGCAGAGAUUCAAAAUGCACAACCCAAAACAGCGGUGUAUUUUUGACUGCUGAAACGACAAGUUUUGCAAGUUCGAAAGAUGAUAAUCCAAAAGUCGGGGCUGUCAAUUACUAUGGAUCAGUUGAAGAGAUUGUUAAAGUUGAUUAUUGGGGAGUUUUUGCAGUGGUUCUUUUCAGGUGCACUUGGUACCAAGAAGAGAAGGAUCCAUAUGGUCUUACCAAGGUGAAUUUUAAGAAGACCAUCUGCAGAUCAGAACCUUAUGUCAUUGCAUCCCAGGUGCAACAAGUAUUUUACGUGGAAGAUCCGACUGAAAAGAUGGUGUAUUAUGUCAUAAAAAAAUUACCAAGGGAGUGGUGUGAUGCUGAACAAGAAAAUGCAUAUGAUCAGAUUGAUGACAGUCAUGAUAUCGAACCUGGAUAUGAAAUUCAUAGUAAAGAUGGUGAAUUUAGUUGGUUCAGGGAUGAUAUCCCUAAAAUAGAAUUUCCCAUUGAACAAAAUCAAGAAGACCUGUAG